UGCGCACGGCGCCAUUUCGUGCCCUCGCCUUGUGGUUGCAGUGUGCGCGAGCAGACACCCACUCUGUCUUCCAACAGUACUGCGUCGAAUUUUAAUCAUUUUUAAUCUUAAGCUCCCGAAUCAGGCAGACAGACGACUCGACCCGAAUAACACAGAAUGGAUAGGAAAAUAAAUCGACCACCUGAUGAUGAUGAGGUCCAACAUAACAGUCACUCGCCAACUACGAGCAGCCUGAUGGCGAGUAACGUGACCAACAAGACGGACCCGCGCUCUCUCAACUCGCGCGUCUUCAUCGGCAACCUGAACACCAUGCUGGUGACCAAGGCCGAUGUGGAGGCCAUCUUCAGCAAGUACGGCAAGAUCGUGGGCUGCUCAGUGCACAAGGGCUACGCCUUCGUCCAGUUUUCGAACGAGCGGAACGCACGCGCCGCCGUGGCCGGGGAGGAUGGACGAAUGGUUGUGGGACAAGUGCUGGACAUUAACCUAGCUGGUGAACCGAAGCCUCACAGAUCGAAGACUAUCAAGCGUUCAGCAGGAGAUAUGUACAGUUCUUCAUUUGAUCUUGACUAUGACUUCCAGAGAGAUUACUAUGACAGGGUGUACACCUACCCCUCACGGGUACCUCCUCCUCCUCCCCCGCUCUCCCGUGCAGUCAUUCCCUCAAAGCGGCCUCGGGUCAGCGUGAGCGGCAGCCGCCGCGCCAAGAGCAGCUUCUCCACCAAGAGCAGCCAGAGAACCUCUCGCACCAUGAGAGCUGAUGACCUGCAAACCAUCAAAAAGGAGCUGACUCAAAUCAAACACAAAGUGGACUACCUCCUGGAGAGCCUGGAGAGAAUGGAAAGAGAACACAGCAAGAAAUCAGAGGUGAAGAGCAUUAAAGCGGAGGAGACAUCCCCUCAGCAUCCCAGCGUGAAAAAGGACAGAGAGAACGUGGAAAUGAACGAUUAUGAGGAAGAGGGUGAUUUAGAGGAAGAGGAGAUCAAGAGCCGGGGAAGGGAGGAAGACGAAGAGGAGGAUGAAGUAGAACAGGAGGAAGGAGAGGACGACGGAGACAGCACUAACGGAGACCACUCUUAAAGCGUCAGUUCUUACGCAACCACACAGACUUUACGCUGAAAUACGUGGGUGCCUAAACUUACACCACACACAGCAUGCAUUCGGGGUUAAGUCCACAAAUCUUGUGCGAUAAAUAAAUAAAUAAACAAACAAACAAACGAAAAAUCAGAUCCCUUUCGGAACACACUACAUCUUUUCACCAUUCCAUUAUUUUUUUAUUUUUUUUCCCACCCCUAAUAUGAGUGAUUUCCUUUUUUUUUCCCCUCCUUCCAGCAGCAGGCUUUAAAGAUUCCCUCUCGGUCAUUGCACUUCCAUUCCUCACCUGUCAGUGGCAGCGUCACUCACUAUUUCAGUUGUAAAGUUCAGUGGGAUUUGAUUCUAAACUGAUUUUAUGGGGUGAGUAUGUCUGAGGUCUCAGAUCACCCGUGAACAACAAAAAAAAAAAAAUAAUUUAGCUUGUACAGUAUAUACUUUUAAUUUUGUUUUGUUUUUUUGUUGUGAGUCUAGUGACAUUUAAGUAGAAGAUUGUGCUCCAGAGACAUGUUUGUUGCCGUUUCAUUCUACUCGUUUUUUUCUUUUUGUUCUGUAAUAAAUUUCAAUAAAAGAUUCUAGACGUUUUGUGCAA